CGCCGCCAUGCCGGGAGAUCACCGCCGUAUUCGGGGGCCGGAAGAGUCGCAGCCGCCGCAGCUGUACGCGGCGGAGGAGGACGAGGAGCCCGAGGCCCGUGACCCCACUCGGCUGCGGCCCGUGUACGCGCGGGCUGGGCUGCUGAGCCAGGCCAAGGGCUCAGCCUACUUGGAGGCGGGAGGCACUAAGGUGCUGUGCGCUGUGUCCGGGCCGCGCCAGGUCGAGGGCGGCGAGCGCGGCGGUGGCCCGGCGGGAGCGGGAGGCGAGGCCCCAGCCGCGUUGAGGGGACGCCUAAUCUGUGACUUCCGCCGCGCACCUUUCGCUGGCCGCCGGCGCCACGCUCCCCAGGGCAGCGGCGAGGAACGCGAGCUUGCGUUGGCCCUGCAGGAGGCUCUGGAGCCGGCUGUGCGCCUGGGCCGCUACCCACGUGCGCAGCUCGAGGUGUCAGCUCUGCUGCUGGAAGACGGUGGCUCGGCGCUGGCCGCUGCGCUCACUGCCGCCGCGCUUGCCUUGGCCGACGCGGGCAUUGAGAUGUACGACCUGGUGGUGGGCUGCGGCCUGAGCCGCGCGCCGGGCCCCGCACCCACCUGGCUGCUGGACCCCACGCGGCUCGAGGAGGAACGAGCCGCCGCCGGCCUCACUGUGGCGCUCAUGCCCGUGCUCAACCAGGUGUCUGGGCUGCUGGGGAGUGGGGAGGGGGGACCGACCGAGAGCUGGGUCGAAGCUGUGCGCCUGGGCCUCGAGGGCUGCCAGCGCCUCUACCCUGUACUACAGCAGUGCCUGGUGCGGGCUGCCCGCCGGAGGGGUGCCGCUGCCGCGUCCUGAACAAGAAGCCAGAGGAAUGACGGACGCCCCACGAAGGUACCCGCACCGUCGGCUUCCAGACUGCACCUCCUUGAGAAGUCUGAGCACGAGGGAGGAUUUGGGGAGGUGCACACAGAACUGAUGCACUGAAUCGCUAUGUUGGAACGAUUUUUUGCAACCUGUUCUGUUAAAGAUACUCUUCUGCUGGAGCUGGCUCCCCACUGUGACCUAAUUAAGAAACCUACGAAUGCAGUGGGACUCCCAGGUUGGAAAGGACUUCAGCUGAACUUACGUGGAAGCCUGGACCUGAAGGUACUACUGUCCUGUAAGGGAUGGACCCUAUGCAAGCCUGCCAGUAACUUCCUCCUGUGUAACGGGGCUGCUUUUGAGAGAACGGACAAGGGGGCUGUGCCUCUCUCUUAUCAGAGCUAAAACAAAACACAAACCCUUUUAUACCUGAAAAA